GCCGCGGUGUGUCUCCGUCCAUCUAUAGGAAGAAACCUGCACCUAUCCAGGAUACCAAAUCAUCCCGACACACCCCGUCUCCGCUCUGGCUUGAAGGUGGGCUCGGGGAAAUGAUAUUUGAUAGCCUCUUGCACCGUCCCUCUUCCUCGAAUCAUACAGCCUCGUCCCGAUCGGAACGCAAACUUCGUUCUCCCAAUUUACCCCAAAGGUCUGGACCAUUCAGUUUAGCACCACCUUCUUCUUCCGAACUGCUGAAUUUCUCAUUUGGCCAACCUAAUCUGGAUCUUGUUGCGCGAAAUGCCAUUGCGGGACUAGCAACAGCUACCUCGAAGCUCUUCUCUGGAUAUUCUCCUGCACACGAGAUCUCUCACAACACGGACUACGCACGUCAUUCAUCGCUACCGACCCUCGGCUAAGUGAAGGACGGCUCCGCGUUUCGAUACCGUCGCAGCCCUACCUCGCUUGUUCACUGUCCCAAGCUAACAACCACCGGACUCAUCAGAUUCACCCUGCUCCCCGUACCCUCCAGGGGUGUUGCGAGUAUUGACCUGGCGGGACGGGAGCUGAAGAUCGAGGAACAGACGGCCUCUUACUUGCUCGCUUUGUCGCGGGCGUGAGAUCAGAUCUACCCUGUCCCGUUGUGCAGAGCGGUAGGCUGUGUCCCGACUAUCCGUCGCCCUCCGCCCUUUUCCAGGCGUGCUGCUGGGAAAGCAAGAUCUCGGAAACCGUCGUCUACGAGUAGGCUAGAAGCCUAAGGCUGGCGUCCGGUGGCUCUCUGGGCCGGCUGCCAGACUCCCAGGCUGCCGACCUCCCCAUAGGUACCUGUAGGUACCUCUAGGGACCUCGUGGACCACCCCUCCCGGGAGGCAGCUUAAGCGCCCGCCCCGCAGCGGCUAAGUGGAAAGAACGGAGAGCCUUCCCAACUACAGUACCUACCAGGCGGGCACCUGCCUAGCCACCCAUCCCUAUAUUUCUAGUACGUACUCAACUACUUCAGCCAAGAUCUCGCGCUCCUCGAAUUUCAAGCACCGCAAAGAGUCCGCCAGAACCACACCAGGCACACACCAGAGACAAACCAGCGCCCGCCCAAGCCUCCUGAUCGCUGCCGCCAGACCUUCUCCAGCUGUCUCCAGAACCUGCAGUCCAUCUCGUCAUUCCCGAGCCCUGCUUCUCGAUUGCGGAGACCGCCACAAGGAGCCCAGUCGCUGCGCCAGGGGAAGAGGACGAAGGCCCAGAGGGAAGGGGAAAACAAAACAAAACAAAAAAGUCCUUCCGACCCACUGCCCGCCCCGACAUAGAGGCAAACGCCCACCCCCCCCUUAGCCGAUGGUCCCCUCGUGGGCGCUCCUAGAGCUGUGGACACCCCCUCCAACAAGAGCUGGUGUUGUUUAGCCGGAAGGCCCCGUGCAGGCGGCAUUCGGGGGUAAGACCGUGUUGCUGCUCGAGGCACACUGCUGAGUGCUCCUGCGUUCAACACCCCCUGGGUCAUCGCUGCGGGAGCUGCUGGAGCUGCUGGUGCCCGAAGCCCAUGCAGUGGGCGUGGUUCCAGCGGCAGAGGUAGGAAGUUGUGGGCUGAUUUCGCUGAGCGUCCCCCGAGCCUCUCCUCUUCGGCGUCCCCCAAAAGAGCCAUUUCAAUCUGAGUGAUGACGGACCCACAUCCGACCUUCGCCUUUGAUCACAAUCAUGUCACUCACUCGGAUACGACAACUGACACCAACCUGAUCUCCCCAGCCAUCUUGAUUUCACCCAUGUCCAAUGGUCGUCGUACGGGUGCUGCCAGUACCACCACCGCAACUGUCACCGGUAUUGCCAACGGUCCCGGUCCAGUUCCAGGGCAUGGUCCAGGCCCCAAAGCUACUAAUCACCCCCAUACCACAACCAGUGCCCGUGCCUACACGACUAUCUCUGACCCUGAUGCCGAGCCUGCUGACGCCGCUAAUCCUUCCCCAGACACGCGACCUGUCUUCCUCUCAGAGGAUUUAGAAUACCCUACCGUCACUGUACAUGAUACAGACCCUCAACACCACCUAGCGGCUGCCUCUACUCAUGCAGCUCCUGCCGCUAGCUAUACCCUAGGCGUCCCAAGCUUUGGCUCACAGCCCUGGGCUGCUCCUUCUGGACCUUUUCUCGAUUUCGCGCCUCAGCCAAUAUAUGAGCCUACCGGCGAGUUGAUCCACGAAAACAUUCACACCUUUGACGAGUUCGACGCCCCUUCCAUUUCGAGAUUUCCAAUUCCUCCCUCCACUACUCCGAAGAAUCCGCCACCACCAACAAGCAACUCGGCCGACGUGGCCACCACCGCCAAUGGUAAUGGUUCGGUGACCGCUUUCAUCCCGCCUUUGCUCCCUCGAUCUGCUCUGAAACGAAAGUCUAGCUCUGUUGCAACGACCCCGACCGAAUCUUCCGGCGACAAGAAAGUCAGAGUAUUACCUGGUCCUGGACCCGAAUCUGCCGUCGCAAGUAAUCGCUUUGUCACCUUUGAGCGGAUGUCAGGCGUCGGACCAACGUCCCCUGAUGAAGGAUCUACCUCUUCAGACCUCCCAGCUGGCUCCAGGGCAGUUCCAGGUAUAUCUGCUGGGAACCGCAGAACCCGCCAAUCCUCCGGAUCGACACCUAGACCAUCAGUGCUGCCCACGACUUCGUCACAAACCUCGUCCCGACAGAGGGGGACACGUACUUCCUCAGGACAUCCGCCCUCAAUCCUCCCUCCCGAGAAGGUCUUCCCUAUUCAGAUAGGAUCAGAUCUAUUCAGGCUAUCAGGAGCCUCGAUAUCUUCCGAUGCACCAUCCUACUUUACUCAGUUUUUCGAGGAACAAAUCCGACAGAAUGAGGAAUCCGGCGGAGUCAGGACGCUAUAUAUCGAUCGCGAUCCAGCAACUUUCCGAGACGUGGCGAGACAUUUACAAGGCUACUACGUCAAACCAGUGGAUGGGAGCCACUUUGUGAAACUGUUUGCAGAUGCCCAGUUCUAUAGCUUACCUCGCCUAAUAGAUCAGCUGUUCGAGUCUGAAAUCUUCAUCCAGAUCGGAGAACGACAUUUUCAGAUCCCCAAAGACAUCUUUUCAGAGCCUGGAAAUUCCCCGAACUUCUUCUCUCUCGGCUUUGCAGUUUUCUUCUCGACACCCGGCGAGGUUUUCCCCGGCUUAGACCGCCGAGGGCUUCUUCGUCCACCCUCGAUAACUCCACCUUACGUCCCUGGUCGAUCCGCUGAGAUCUUUGCAGAACUAUUGCAUCUUUUACGAGGCUAUCCUCUCCACAUUAGGAACGAUUCACAUCGAGCCGAGCUGCUGCGAGAUUGCCGCUACUUUCAUUUGAGGGGCCUGGAGCAAAAGAUCAUUGCCCACGAGAUCAGCUACAAUUCAGAGAGACAAAAACAGGAGAUUUGUCUACGUCUGGAAGAUGUCAAGCCUUCGGGCGUGUCCUACACCAGCGAUGACUCCCUCGGCGAGAAGUCUUCGACUAGCGGUUGGGUUUACUACGCGAGGCCCUUUGUAGACGACACAUCCUACGAAAUGGUUGUGGAAAUCGGGGGCGAGAGCACCGUGCUGGACUUGACGGACAUGAGAGCGGAUUUUCAUGGAUUGGCAAAGGCCCGCGUGUCGUCUCUGUUCCAGGUUGUGGCCAACAAGAUGAACCUGCCCACAAAUGCGCCUUUAGGACUGAUGAUGUUAUCAGGAGGGAGGACUUCGCAAUCGGCCAGCCCUGGACACACACCCCUGAGCGAAGACCGCGUGAAGGUGCGCUUCGAGACUGCAACAGACAUAAUACUGGACGGAGAAAGCUUCGAAAUCGACUAUGAAAGUUCAAUGGGUCAGGUCAUGCUCCACGGGCCCUCAACUGCGCCCAGCGAAUCGGAGUCGGAAUCGGAUGUCAUGAGUGAAGGAACAACAGUCAAACCAGGUCCUUCCACGGCCGGGGGCCAACAACGCCGACCUCAAACGCGACAACCACCCGCAGGACCCUCCUCGCAGGCAGCUGCAGCCCGUGGCUCCCUCCCAAUUCCCCCACUCCAGACGAGCAGACUCACAGCGCCAUCAGCCAAAAAGAGGAAGAGGCAAAGCAGCCAGGGAGAGCUGGGAGAAUGGACCAUCCGUACCGGACAGUGGCGACUGCGAGUGCAACCUAAUUCCCAAGACUCGAUACGAGGAGGAUUCGAAAUAGUUUUCGUCGGAGUCAAGAUCGACGCCUUUUCGAGUGAGCGAGCAAGAAACGCCAGACGAGGAUUCCUCAACUGAAUCCAUCGGCACCUCAGCAUUAUCACUACCUCUCUGUCCUUCCGCCAUCCUGGAGUACGCUUGAGAAUCUCACCGCCUUCCCCGAUUACUCAAGCUGGGUGGCAUUACGCCACACCGACCUUGGCAAGCAUCUUCCUUCGCCGCAUCUUACCAUUUUGGGCAAUUGCCCCAUGCCGAUGGAUUGGAACAAUAUCACGUUGAGUGCCUCUGCGGGAACAGCAGCAUCCGGAUGAUUUUUGCCUUGUGCAAGUCCAAACUCUGUAACUUGAGUGUUUCUUGUCCGGGGAUCAGAGCAAACACUACGCAGAGCAUGACAGAGCGGAGCGCCCAUGAGCUCAGCAGCCGCACUCACCUUCACCUUACCUUACCUUACCUCACCUCACCUCACUUAACUUUACAACUGCAUGACAUGACAUUGCAUUACUUAACAUCGCGGGAGGCGCUACUCCGAUUUUCUGCCAUAUACCUUUGAUUUUCUGAGUGGAUGGGUUACGUUCACACAAUAUAGCCUAUUUGUUCCCCAAAAACUUAUCGCAGGCGGUACAUUUGAUACAAGCCGAAAGGCUGGAUCGGAAACUCGAAGGAUUGCUACACCGAGCGAGCGGCAACCUAUCUGGGUCGUUCCUAUAUGCGUUCUACUUCUCUUGAUUGAGGUCAACCUGUGCUGCAUUGGAACCCUGCGGCAUAUGAGGACGUUUGCGCAUAAGCCAUCCGCGUGGAGACUCACAUGCUGGAUUGGGAUUCGACAGGUCACGGAGACUGCGUCCGCAGCCAAACAUAUCAGUAUAAAACCCAUGUGUCUAUUGUAUACGACACCUUUCUCCACAGGAGGCUGAAGAAGAAAGGGUGAGCUUCCCAUUGAGGAGCAAUAUACCGAAAGGACUUGCACCCGUUUUGGGCCACCAAUAGGAAAGGAAAGCCUGGGAACCCUGAGGUAUCGAGCAUCUACAGGGUAACCGCGGUCUGCGGAAUUUCGGAUCAGAUGCAGAGUGUUACGGUGUUGGCCACUGGCGUCGAUUUCAAGGCCACAUAAAUGGAGCCGGAAGCGGAAAUGCCAAAAGCAACAGGCACACUGGGCCAAAAUUGUGGCGUCCAGCGUGGCAACACCGACAUCGCUGGUGGGAAUCUCGCUUGUGCGUGGACCUUUCUCGCUGUCUCGCGAAGCUGGAACCAGCGGCUGCUCACUUUGCCCAGAAGUGUUGGCUCUAUUUCCGUCUUGUGCCUUGUUCCAACAGUCUCGCAAUUGCAGAGUGGAAACCUUUCUACAAGUGCAAGUCUCUAGUGAUGAUGGUAUGGCUGGGCUGUGCAUGGCUGGAGACGGUCUCAACCAAAUGCUCUGACUCCUCUUCUCCGUCUUCGCAGACCGCAGCAUCAAGCCAGACCCGAUAUUGGAAAUUGGCAUUCUGCGCCUACGCCUUGUGUCACGUUUCGACAUUGCACCAUUAACCAAGCCAGGUAAAAAUCGCAACCAAGGUUGGCUUCCAGGAAACCACAUUGGCGAACUUAAUUCUUGUUACAUUCAUCAACAAUCUCUUGCAAAUCAGGAAGAUGGAUAAACAACGACCUGGAAUCUCACUCCAAUCCCACUUAAAAGCGAUCCGUACCGCGGGCUGAUACUCAGGCUCGGUCGAGCAAAAUCCGGGAAGGGCUCGAUGAACCGUGGAGCCAACGUCCCAACGAUGCUACAAGAUCAAGAAUCUGAGCAAACCGGCCCCUGAAAGCAGAAAGGGGGCAGCUCUGGGAAAGCAUGUCCUGCGCCAAGGAGGAUUGGAUUCCUCAGCGCGGGCAGAGAGUGUCCGAGCGCGGCGGACGGGUUUCUCAGUCGCUCUCGCAAUGCAUGAUGCCGACUCGGACAUGAGGGACUCUCUCCCUCCAGCCCAAGAAUCGUGGCAACCACCGUCCUUGGGACGAGCAGCCAGUGCCAGAAGCGAGAGCUCACUGGAUUUCUGGCCGAACUGUGCUUGGAGAGGAUAUCACGCCGGGUCCUCCUCCUCCUCGCCCGAACCUGGCCUCUACAAAGCAGGAGGGCAUUUUCUGGUUAUGGAAUCAUCUUCACAGCCCCGGGCCCCGGCCAGGAACCUUUGAUCCGGGUCCACUGUGGUUUUGACUACUGCAUAUCCUUGCAUGGCAUGGCAUAGCAUGGCAUAGCAUAGCAUUGCAUCGCUUAGCAUCGCAUCGCAACGACUACUAGGGUUAAGCCUUCUUCCGUCUUAAUACAUCAACGAUAAUUUCAAAGGCCUGAGCCAUACGUUCUGCACCUGCCGGACAGGUGACAUUUGCUGCAUAUCCUCUGCAUGAUGUUUGUUGUAUGGCCCUGGACAGAGUAUUGAAGGCGCGGCAAUCUUUGUUAUCUUGCCGCUCACUCCACUCUGUCGCCAGUUGACUCAUGACCCUUUGUCCCUCCAACCCCCUUCGGUAGGGGAGGUGCCAAUAGCCAGCCGGGCAUUAAUAACAAGGCCGUCACCAGGCCAUCCCGUUUCUGGGGGUUUGCGGCCUGAACCUCUCCCCAAUCUGCUUCGCUCGUCCGACGGGAAAGCAGUCCCACGGCGCCGGGUAUUUCACACACGCAAUACGAUACGCCCACGGGCGAGCUGGGCCGUCUGGGGAGUCCAACUUGCCAUUUGGGUGCGGGAACGGAGGUUGUAGGUCAAGACUUCGACCAAGAUCCGUAGAGAAUAGGCCUCUGCAAUGCUGCAGUGGCGCGAGAGUUGCAUUGUCAUGACUAAAACCCAAGGCUUGGGCUUUGGUAAAGGAAGUCGGGCCUUGCCUGACUCUGACAGAAUAUUACUGAUUCGAGCAAUUUG